AUGUCUUUCUUCAAGAAGCUCACCAAGGAGUUCGAGGAGCUCAAGACCUCCUUCUCCGACGACAAGCCCGCCGCCCAGCAGCAACAGCAGCAGCAGCAGCAACCUCCCCAAGAGCAGACUGGCUCCCGCAGCUACGGUGAUCACCCGCAGCAGCAGCAAUACGGCGCUCCUCCCUCCAACUACCCUUACCCCUCGCAGGCACAGCCUCAACCCGGUUACGGCAGCCAGCCCAGUUACGGCCAACCCACCCCUCCGGCUGCCCAGUCCGCGCCCCCGAUGGCCGCUCCUUCCGUCUCCCAGGGCUGGCUCUGCCAGUGGGACUCCAACUACCAGAGAUGGUUCUACGUUGACCAGAGCUCCGGUCGCUCCCAGUGGGAGCACCCGUCUCCCCCCACCGGCCCGGUCGGCACCCCCAGCUACGGCGCCCCCCCUCCCGUCCCCCUCUCCGACACUAGAGCUUUCGGAGACCAGGGCCACGGCGGCUACGGCUCCCCCGCACCUCCCCAGCAGUACGGCGGCGCCCCCUACGGCGGAGCUCCCGGCUACGGCCAGCAGCCUCAGUACGGCCAGCCUCAGUACGGUCAACCCCAGUACGGCGGCGCUCCUUAUGACCAGUCUCAUGGUCAGAACCCGUACGGCGAGACCAAGGACAAGGAGAAGAAGAGCAGCAGCAGCGGCAUGCUACUCGGUGCUGCCGGCGGUCUCGCCGUCGGUGCUGUUGGUGGCGCGUUGAUCGCUAAUGCCCUUGACGACUCCGACGAUGAGCACAAGGCCGCCGCUCAACAGCAGCAGCAGCAGCAGUACGGUGGCUACCAGGACAACUCUUACAACGACGCUCCCCCCGCCGUCCUGCCUCCCACCGACAACGACGGCGACUCCAUCUCCUCCAGCGACCGUGAGGACGUCCAGGAGGCCCGCGAGGAGUACGAGGAGGCUCUCGCCGCCGCCCACGACUCUGACGCCAGCAGCAGCGACCACGAGCGCCUCGAGGAGGCCAGAGAGGAAUACGAGGAGACGUACGAGGAGGUGUACGAGGACUAA